AUGGCCGCUGUUGAUAAUGAAAAAUUAAGUAUAUUAGAACUUACGGAUUGUAUUUAUUUUCUACGUGGCCAUUGUAUGUUCAAUGGUAAAUGUCAUUAUCGUCACUGUCAAGCAGCUAUUCAGCAAUUGGAACAAUGCUUCAAGUGGCCUGGUUCGUGUCGUGAUAAAAAUUGCCCCUAUCGCCAUACGGGCAAGCCAUCUAAAAUGCUAAAAUCUUCAGUACAAGAAAAAGAUUUCAUUAGUUUCUUUUGGGAUAUUGAAAAUGUUCCCAUACCUAAAGGACAAAAACCUUUCGAUAUUGUUCAACGUAUUCGACAAAAACUGGUUGUUGAAUCAGGCCUGCAAGAAGCAGAUUUUUCUUGCUUUUGUAACAUCAAUACGAUAUCACAAGACAAUCAACAUAAUUUACAUCAUGCCAAUGUUCGUAUUGUUCAUGUACCUGAUAGAAAAUCAGGUGCCGUUGAUCGACAAAUAAUGCUUGAAUUGGACCGUUUCGAGCGUAUUCAUCGUCCACCGGCUACUGUAGUUCUCAUAUCGGGUGAUAUUGAUUUCGUUGGAAAACUAAGUGAUCUUCGUCAUCAAGCCGGAUUUCAUGUUAUAGUCAUACAUAAUAAACCAGCUAAAGACGAAUUAAAAGCUACUGUACAUACGCACUAUCCAUGGGAAUACUUUACUGAAUCAAAUGGUCAACAUGAAAUAAUCAUGGAAGAUAAAUCAAAAAGGUCAGGCAGUCAGCGAAGAAAUUUAAAUUCCAAUUUCAAUGACCAGACAAACAAUAAUUCUCACUUCGACCACAAAAUACCAGUUCCAAAACCAAGACAGUCACGUUCGAAGACAAGAGUGAAUUUGCAGAAUGAAACUAAUAUUGUUCAGAACAAUAAUGUGCCUCAGAAUUUUCCGGUAAUGUAUCCUCGUGCUACAAGUGCAAAUCGAAAUUAUAAGCGAAUGGAUUAUAGUCCAUCACGAAAACCACAAAACUGGAGAUAUUAUAAUACAAUGGGAUAUUUUUAUUCAGAUUCUUAUGCUCCUCCACCAUCUGUUCCAAACCCAAUAGCUACAACACGCGCUCGGAAACGUCAAUCAGCCAGUGUUUUUAGUUCAAAUCGACAAAAUAAUCGAAUGUUCACUUCAUCUGAACAAAUAUCACCAACUAUCAAUAAUGAUUUGGGACAGACAGAACAAAAGUUAUUAUCAUGUGCUCAUUGCAACAAUCGAUAUGGUACAAUUCAAGCACUUCGCCAACAUCAAAAAGAUCGAAAACACUUAUUCUUUUGUCCAGUAUGCUGUUGUAGCUUUACCGAACCGAAUAAUUUAAAGCAACAUCAAACUGCGAAAGGACACGACAUUUCCACUAAAAUAUCACAUCAAGAUACUACGAACGAUACUUCGAAUAAAAUGUGUCAAUUAGCUGAUAGUGUUGAACAUAAAUUAGAUGUGUCUAACACUACCAAAAUUCUGUCCGAAAAUCAUCAAACAUCUACCGUCAACAAUUCAACUAUCGACAAAAACACAAAUAAUGUUGAUAUUGAUGUGAGUUAA